AUGUUGCUUUCUCGAUCUGGGGCUGGAGGAGAGGCUGCGUUGACACUACUUCAAGAGUUGGAGGCGAAAAGUAUUGAAGUGGUAGCCCCGCCCUGCGACAUCACUGAUGAGAGGGCCUUGGUGGCGACACUAGGACAUUUCAAAGAGAUUUCCACCUAUCAAGGGCUGCAUUCAAGGAUCAAUACUGCUCAAGGUUUCGCUGCUGAGAGACAGCGAGUCAACGACUCGCUGCGAGCUGCUGGCUAUAAAGGGAUCCAUCAGACCGAGUCCUUUCCCAUGCUCGAUCAUUGUUGCAAUCCCAAUCCCCCUCUUUGUUCUGCUUCGGAAUCGCAGAUCGUAACUGGUAUCAGCACUCCUGCGCCCCUUAAGUCCAAAGUUAUGGCGGAAAUCUUCUGGAUGUCGAGAAUUUUCUUCCGAACCCUCGGCUUGGCGGACAGGGUAAUUGGUUAUGAUGCUGAGACAUCUAAGCCCACCGUCGAUUUCACGGCAUUGCUGGAGUCGCAAACUCGUUGA